UUUAAGAUAUUGGACGCGGAGUCGCGUAUGUAUACUAGCAAAUAUUUAGAAAAGUGGAAAAAUAAUAAUUUAGUUAGCAUAUUAUGUUAAUGAGCAAAAGGUGAUAAAUACAAAAAAUUAAGAAGCUCAAAAAUAAGAUGGCUGGACAUGGUGGAUCUCCCCAGGAUCAUGAUGAUGUUGAUGAUGAUUUACUUAAUGAGGACUGUUUCUUAUGUGUUGUUAAUUUGCCAGCCCACUGGGAAAUAUCAGAUUACCAAGCAUUUAUCAAAAAAACUGUUCCAGAGAUCGACACAAAAACACAACUACUAUUCGUGCACAAGAUGAAUAUUGCUAAAAAUCCAUUAAAAAGUGAGAUUAUUUUCCAAUUUCUGACUGAAAGUGCUUGUCUGAUCACGAUGAGGAAGUUACAAGGAAUGCAGGUCGAAGGGAAAAGACUUUUGGUCAUUCCCAAAGCAGUGAAACUGUUAUCAGCCAAAGCAAGAAGCAAAGCCAGGACAAGAAUUAUAGGUGACAAUAGGGACAAAACGAAAAAGCUCAAAGCAGGCGAUUGGUCUGAACAUGAAAAGUAUGGGUUGAGUGAACAAUUUCUGAACGCCCUUGGUAUCACCCCGCCGCUAGGAAACAAGAUACAUAUUUCAAAUCUGUCAUCAGAAGUGACUGAAACCAAACUAAGAGAAAUAUUCAGCUAUGCCGGCCACGUGGUGGCUGCCUCUUUAUCGAAGAGUGAUGGCAUGAAGGUGCAUGGAAAGAUUUUGUAUGACCAUCCCGUUGAAGCUGUUCAGGCGGUAUCAAUGUUUAACCAAAGAGAAUUAUACUCUAGGACUAUGAUCGUAAAAAUUGACAAGUGGCAAGACACUACAAUUUUACCCGACAAAUUAAAUUCCAUAGGCCCGGGGCUCGGGGCUAACGGGAUGCCCCUCACUAGCGUCCGCCACAAACUCGAAAUAGAACCAUUAAAACAACUGCUGCUUCAGGAAAUAAUAAAGUUGUCAGAAUUAACGCAAAAGAAUAUAGCGACCGAAACGAGUAUACAACCAAACCCUCCCGCUAUGUCUGCGUUGACUGUCAACACAACUCCGUCGCAUAAUCACGCCGGAAAUUUGUUUCAAAUACUCCAGCAUCAAUUAGGUGGCACUAUGGUUAAUGCAUUACAACAGCCGUGGAAUCAAGUCGCUCAACCUGCGCAAAGCAGAUUUGACAUACCACCGAGCGGUCUUGGACAAAACGCGUACGCGAAUGUGCAGAAUAUGUAUGGGAGUAUGGGCCAAAUGGCCAGUUUUCAGCAAAAUGCGUUAAUGACGACUAAAGUUAGCCGGUUUGAUGUGCCGCCUUCCGUUCAGAGUUGCACUCCAGUAUCGAAUACGGGCAGUUGGACGGCUAGUCAAUGGAGUCACGUAGAGCCACAGUACACGCCUAGUCGGUCGCCUGAUAAUAGCAGCUAUGGAAAUAAGAAAUUUAAGCCAGACGACUUCGACGUUGAAAGACUGAGCGACUUAGAAAAAUCGGAUAGACAAAACGCAAUGACGUCAUCUGACAUGCUGGUGUUCACAAAUUUGCCAUCGAGCGUGACAUCGAAAGCGCUCGUAAACAAGAUGUCGGAGGUCGGCGAGUUGAAAUUCGCGGAGAUCACGAGCCAGGGCCGCGCCAUAGUGCGCUUUCAAGACGUCAAAGACGCACAGAGGUGUGCCAAGUUAUACGACCGCUCGAGGGUGGACGGACAGGUCAUUAAUGUGAACUUCUUCUGAAUGUGGUAAGUGACUCGGUAAGUACAAAAUCUUCAAUGGGUUCAAAUGCACAGCGAAAGCGUGCUGGGCCCAUAACCAUUAAAAAGAAACGUGUAUGUUCCCAACAGACUGACUUUAUUCUUUUUUUAAAGGGAGGCUGUUCCAAUUUUAACACUGCGUUUUGAUACACACUUUAAAAGAAUGAUAGUCAUGUUGAAAUAAUGGUUCAUUUUACGAAUAAAACAUGAUUAAAUGUGCCAGUUUGUCUGGAUUUUCUUCUUAGUGUGUUUACAAACUGUCGUUCCAGAAUAUCCAUAGUGAAGUAUUUUUUAACUAAAUGUUAUUCUUGUUUUCUUUAACUUCUUCCUUUAAAGGAAAAUACUUAAAGAACUGCAUAUAGAAAUUUUAUGCAGCCUUUUUUUUCGUCAUAGUUUAUCCUGGCUACAAAAGUUUUGAUAUUAUUAACAUAUUCUUUGCUUUAAUAAUGCCUAUAUGACGACUAUUUCGUCUGUAUAUGUCGAAAACUUAUGAUAAGUAGUUUGAUUCAUUGGUCACUAUGGCGUAUGGGUUGUAGUGGUCAAAUAUUAAAACCCACCAACAGCUUCUAGCUAAGUUCUUGAGAAUAGCAAUCCUGGCUUAAUGUAUAUGCUCUUGCGCCUGGUGAUUAUUGUCCGGAAUUCUCUCAAAACCUUACUUGUUCUCUGCAUCCUUAGCAUUCAUUGCUUCGGAGCCGGGAAAUAUGUACUUGAUGUCUCCUUGAGUUAAAUAUUCAUUUAAGACUGUUGACUCUUAAUGCAAUUUUUGAUGUUUAUAGCGUUUUACUCUCUCUCUUUCUAACACACACACGCGCACACAUACAUGUGCUUGUUCCUGGUUGCACCCUCCACAGUGUUCCGGGGCCCGGGGUCCGCCUUCCGACUCUCCACACUUCGGCUUCCUCGGAUUUCAGUCCAUUUGCUCGCAUAUCAUCUUUUACGACGUCCAGCCUUGAUCUCUUCGACCUGAACCUUCUACCUGGGCCCGGCGGUAGCGGUAUGGUCAGACAUCAGUUCCCUAACUAGUCUGCCGUUUUCCGCAAAACAUAGCCGUACCAGCGUAGGCUAUUCUGCAUUUUGGCUUCUAUGUCUGACAUUAAAAGCUGUUGCGGAUAUGAGAGUUCCUCACGGGGUCCUUCCGUGAUACUCCACACGUCCAGCGCAGCGUGUUCAUUUCCGUGACACGCACGUUUUGCUUUUGCCGCUCCAGCAAAGGCCACGUCUCGCUGCCAUACAACUGGACGGGCUUAAUGAUGGAUUUAUAGAACUAUGUGAUUUUUAAUUUGUAUCUAUAAUAUAUUAAUUUUAAUUAUUUGUAGGUAUUCACAUAUUAAAUAUAUUUGGGAAAUAACGAUGUUAUUUUUUUUUUCUUCGACGUUUAUAUUUAGCUAUUGUUGAAUAUUUCCUUUUUUUGGUUUCAGUCACUUCUAAUGACUGCUGGAUUGUUUACAGGAAUGGUCGAUUUGUCAGGGAAUAGAACUAGUCUACAUGAUAGUCAUUAUCCUCUUUCAAACAUAUUAAUUCAAAGACUUCGUAUUUCUGCAACUUUAUGGUCUGUAUUUCGCUCCUUCGUUGAUCUCAUUAAAAGGUAUGUUUUAAAAAGCGUCAGCCUGAGGAUCUUCAAAACAUGAGGCCUUCAGGUUCUUGAACAUUUCAGCAACUUUAAGCUCCAUGCAUUUUUAAUGGUGCUCCGUAAAGGCAAUUAUUAUCAAACAUUGUCAAGUUACAUCCAUUUUUAGAUUUUAUAUUUUACAUUUCAGAUUUUUCUUCGUUUUUCUUGUACCCAAUAACUUUUAUUGUUUAAAAUAUGCAUUAGCAAAAAGCUAUUAAAUUGUUCUCUGAACUUAUAAUAUAGAUAUGUAGAUAGAUACAUAAAUAUAUGUCUAUUUAUUUUUAUAUGGCAUACAUGUACUUAUCUUCUGCGUAAAUACGCGUACAUAUAAAUUAUGUGUGCGUGCUAACGAUGUCAUUAAAAUAUGUAUUAUUAUGGUAUUAACAUAUUAAUACGAGAGACAAUACGUGAUUCCGGAUUCUGCAUAUUGUUAGAACCGGCAAUUCAUUCAGAUAUUUUUUCUUAAUUAGUUCAAGAAAAAAAAUCUAAACUCUCAAAGGUAAAGGAAUUUAAUGGGCUAUCUAUCGCCUGCUUCUCUCUCUUGUAUCUUUUAUUGAGAGUGUGAAUCUUUUACAUAUUUUUAUUGUGACUCAUGAUUAUUGAUAGUGAAUAAAAAG